AUGGGAUCAUCUCUGACACAAAAACCAGUGAUCCUACUCCAAUCAAAACCAAUGACAAAUCAGAUAUCUGAAGCGCAAUAUUUGCUGACUAUUAACAUCACUUGGCAUUUCUUCAUUUUUACGAUAAAUUCCAUAGUUGGAUCGAAUUUAUUUCAUAAGAACCUCUUAGGGAUUCCAAGUCUACAGUUGAAUUUUUAUACCCCGGCGGAUUUUGAUUUUUCUCAAUCAUUAUAUGGCGAAUCGAGGCAGUUAAAGCUGUCGGCGUUAAAUUAUAAAGGAAGAAGAAAUUUGGGGAUUUGCGGUGUUGAGGUCAAAAGGAGCAUUUUGGCGCCAAUUAAGGCAAUGGAGUCUUCCAAAACGACGUCACCCAUCAAUGGCAAUGCGGGCAGUUUCUGGCAAUCCGGAUGCAAUUCCGGCGACGAUUUCAUUACAAAUGAACGUGAUGAUUUUUCCGGCAAAAAUAUGCCCCCGAUGUCUACAAUUGGAAAUUCGACGAAUAUUUUUUGGCACAAAUGUAUUGUGGAGAAGAGUGACAGACAACAGCUGCUUGGACAGAAGGGUUGUGUCAUUUGGAUUACUGGCCUUAGCGGUUCAGGAAAAAGUACUUUGGCAUGUGCUUUAAGUCGUGGCUUACAUGCUAGAGGAAAGCUCACCUACAUACUUGAUGGUGAUAAUGUUCGCCACGGUCUAAACAGCGACCUUGGUUUUAAAGCUGAAGAUCGAGCAGAGAACAUAAGAAGGAUUGGAGAGGUGGCAAAGCUAUUUUCAGAUGCUGGAGUUAUUUGUAUUGCAAGUUUGAUAUCACCUUACAGAAAGGAUCGUGAUGCCUGUCGUGCAUUACUUCCAGAAGGAGAUUUUAUUGAGGUAUUCAUGGAUGUUCCUCUGCAAGUGUGCGAGACUAGGGAUCCAAAGGGAUUAUACAAGCUUGCACGAGCUGGAAAAAUCAAAGGUUUUACAGGUGUUGAUGAUCCAUAUGAGCCACCAUUAAAUCCUGAGAUAGUAUUGCAUCAACAAGGAGGGAUGUCUGAUUCUGCAACAAAUUUGGCCGAAAUAGUGAUUUCAUACUUGGAAAGAAAAGGGUACCUGGAGUCUUGA